AUGAACGUGACGUCUCUCGAUUUAUCCAACAACGGGCUCACAGAUAUCGUUGGUGUGGCAAUUGUAAAUAUGCUGCGAGUCAACAAGAAGCUACAAGUACUGGAUCUAGGCUUCAACCACCUCACUAACGCAUCACUUCAGCCUAUCGGAGAGGCCCUCAGUUUCAAUACGAUCCUGAAUUCGCUCAUUCUUAACUCGAAUCCAGUGUUUCAAUUGUCAAUGGAGUCAACUGGCAGUACGAGCAACAAUUCUAACGCCAAGCCUGGGUCUCCUACCAAAAUGCCUCCACAUUUAGCUGUAGCCUUUGCUCACGUGGAAUCCUUCACUACAGCUCUGGCUUCAAACAUCUCCCUAACUUCGCUGGAUCUAUUCAACACGGGUAUAUCUCAUGAAGGCGGCCGUGCACUUGCCCAUGCGAUGUCAAAGAAUAGCAGAUUGGUCUCUGUGGAGGUUGGAAACAAUAUUCUGAACCAGUCAGAUCUUGCAAGUAUUGCAACGUCUCUGAAGAAGAACCAAGCUCGCUUUUUCGAGUCUGAAGCCAAAAGUGAACAAUUGCUAGCGGACAUGAAAGAACAAGCACACCAGGUUGAAAUUAACAAGAUCAAGGAGGCCAAGCGAGUUGCCGACGCCGAGUGGCAUGGCGAAAAUGCUCGCAAACGAGCUGAAAUCCGUGAUGCAGAGGAGUGGGAUCGUGCGAAACGCGAGGCGGAUGGAGAGGUGCAGCAUUUGCUCAAGAUGGAAGCGGAAAAUAAGAAGUAUUUGGAACGUCUCGAGGCAGAAAAGAGCUCUGCGAAGGGUAAAGACAAAAAGGAGUAA